UCGAUGUUAAAGCACACUGCAUAAACACACGUAGUAAUAAUAUACAACACAUAUCCAUGUCUCCUUGGCUUAUAGGUGUUGCUACUGUUGUAGCAGCGAUAUUCAUUUAUCGGCUUCUGAAGCUCGUAACGGGGCCUUCAUUACCACUGCCGCCAGGGCCCAGGCCAUGGCCUAUUGUGGGAAACUUGCCCCAUAUGGGCCCAGUGCCACAUCACUCCCUCGCAGCCUUGGCUCGUACCCAUGGGCCUCUAAUGUACCUUCGCUUGGGUUUGGUUGACAUGGUGGUGGCUGCUUCAGCCUCCGUGGCUGAGCAGUUUUUGAAGGUUCACGACGCCAAUUUCUCGAGCCGGCCACCGAAUUCCGGCGCCAAAUACAUGGCCUAUAACUAUCAGGACCUUGUAUUUGCUCCUUACGGCCCACGGUGGCGCUUGCUCCGGAAAAUAAGCUCCGUUCACUUGUUCUCCAGCAAGGCUUUGGAUGAGUUUAGACACCUGCGACAGGAAGAGGUAGCAAGAUUGACAAAUAACCUAGCAAAUUCAGGCUCUAAAGCGGUGAGUCUGGGACAACUGUUGAAUGUAUGUACCACUAAUUCAUUGGCGAGAGUAAUGAUUGGACGACGAGUUUUCGACGAUGGCAAUGGUGGUUGUGAUCCCAGAGCUGAUGAGUUUAAGUCUAUGGUAGUGGAACUUAUGGUGUUGGCUGGAGUGUUCAACAUUGGUGACUUAGUUCCUGCCUUGGAGUGGUUGGACUUGCAAGGAGUGCAAGCCAAGAUGAAGAAACUACAUAAGAAGUUUGAUGCAUUUUUAACCAGUAUUGUUGAGGAACACAAGAUUUCCAAAAGUGAAAAACAUCAAGACAUGUUGAGUACGUUGUUGUCACUUAAAGAGGCUAAUGAAGAUGGUGAAAAACUCACUGAUACGGAGAUCAAGGGAUUACUUUUGAACAUGUUUGCAGCUGGGACAGACACAUCAUCAAGUACAACAGAAUGGGCAAUUGCUGAAUUAAUUAAGAACCCAAAAAUUUUGGCAAAUCUGCAGCAAGAGUUGGAUAGUGUUGUGGGUCGGGAUAGACUUGUGACUGAACAAGACUUGCCCCACCUUCCAUACUUGGAGGCUGUGGUGAAGGAAACGUUUCGUCUUCACCCAUCAACCCCUCUUUCCGUCCCAAGAAUGGCAUCAGAGAGUUGUGAGAUAUUUGGGUAUCACAUCCCAAAAGGUGCAACUCUUUUGGUCAACGUUUGGGCCAUAGCCCGUGACCCUAAGGAAUGGCCUGAACCAUUGGAGUUUAAGCCUGAAAGGUUCCUCCCUGGUGGCGAGAAGGCUGAUACUGAUGUUAAAGGCACUGACUUUGAGGUUAUACCUUUUGGUGCUGGACGUAGAAUAUGUGCUGGUAUGAGCUUGGGCUUAAGGGUUGUUCAGCUACUCACUGCUUCCCUGGCCCAUGCAUUUGAUUGGGAGUUGGAAAAUGGGCUUAACCCAGAAAAACUCAACAUGGAUGAAGCAUAUGGACUCACCCUCCAACGAGCAGUGCCUCUUUCGGUCCAUCCUCGACCAAGGCUCUCACCACAUGUGUACUCGUUAUCAUCUUCAUCUUCUUGAUUUGGAGUUUGGCUUCUUGUCUUUUUGUGUUCUCCUUUCCCUCCUUUUAUUAGUGUGGAUCCUCUAAAUAAAUGAUAAAAUUAUCUAAUUUGUAGAGAUCCAAAAAAGGGUUGGGUUGGUUAACGAGCUACACUGUCGUUGAGUUUGUAUGUGAAUAUGCUUUUGUCUUGUACUUGCAAUAAGUUGUAAAACAAUUAACAAAUAUGAUUUCAUAU